AUGGUCGUCCUUGCCACCGCCUCCCGCACCGCAACGAUCGCACCCAGGCCGACGACUAAUCCAUCCAAGAUGCUAGUUACAUCAUCACCUGUGUCCAUUCUAAAAACGCCUAAGAGCACCCCAUCCACGACUGGGAUUAAGCACAGGAUGAUGAUGGGAGACGACUACAGCGAUCUCUCCCUGUCCCCGUCGUCCUCGUCCGACGCGGAACACAGCCCGAGUCCCCGGAAGCGGACGCGAGUGAAGUUUGAUAAGGAGGUGUUCAUGGUACCAUAUAAAGAGGAACCUGAGCCGGAACGGAAACCAGAGAAGAGCGCAGCCGUCGUCCGCGAGGAGGUGCGCAGGGCCAUCCAACGGCAUGUCUCUGGCACCGACAGCGAGGCGUACGACCGCAUCAAGGAGACUUUUGCGGUGGACCCGCGGCGCCGGGAUGAGGACAACAUGUUUGCCUACGAUGUACCUACACAUACGUCCUUGAGACAUCAUCUCCUGGGUCUUUUGUCAAAUGUUGCGUCCUUGGAUCGCACUUGCAACGGACUGGUCCAAGCUGUGCUGAAUAGCGUAUGGCUGGGCCGGGACGAGUCGUACAUCAAGUUGUAUAUACGCUUUCUCGGUAACCUUGCCGCUGCCCAGGGCAGCUAUCUGGGGGCUGUGCUCAAAAUGCUGGUCAACUAUCUGGGAGAGCUUCCCAAGGACACGGGGAAGAUCCCGGGUUACCCGUCUGUUCAUGUGCCGGUGCUCUACUCCCGCGUGCACUUGGCUUUGCGCCAUGUCAUGCAGUUGAUUCCGUCUGGUAGUGGAACGCUGUCGCCUCUUUUGUCUGCACAGUUUCCUUUUGCUUCCGAUUCGGCCAAGGCCAACAUUGCGUAUACGCGGAAUCUCAUCCGGGUGAUCAGCUAUGCCCCGGAGCUUCAGGGUGAUAUUCUUUCCCUGAUAACGGAAAAGCUAGUCAAGAUUGACGUCCACAUCCAAGUGGAUCUAGAGGACAUCGAGGAUGAAGUCGGUGAGGAUGUCCUGCAGGGAGUCUCUCCGGAAUCAGUCAUGAUCGAGGAAGAUGAUGCGGAUGACGACGAUGACAACGACUCCGUUCUUAGCGAUGAUUCGGUAGACGAUGAAUCCAAGCGGAUCAAGGCCAUUCGGGACAACAUCCUCAAGCUGGAUGGCAUGAUUGACACCAUGUUCGAAUAUUAUGCCCCUCCGUUCACGCUGGGCUCCCUGGACGACAAGGAAAAUGCCUUCGAUCUUCUGAUGAGCCAUUUCCAGAACAUUAUUCUCCCCACGUACCGCUCGCGCCACUCUCAAUUCCUUCUCUUCCACUUCUCUCAGUCAUCCCCAAUUCUUGUGGACCGCUUCGCCGCGAUGUGCACCGAGCUUAUCUUUAACAAGACGCAGCCAGCCAUUAUGCGCCAAUCAGCUGCUGCUUACCUCGCCAGCUUCGUUGCUCGCGGGGCCCAUAUUUCUGGCGAGGUUGUCCGGGAUGUGUUCGAUCUGUUGGGCACGUAUCUGAACAGUCUUCGUCUGGAUUAUGAAGCCACUUGCCGGGGCCCCGACCUCCGCCGCUAUGGCCCCUUCUACUCGACGGCUCAGGCCCUGCUCUACAUCUUCUGCUUUCGCUGGCGAGACCUGACCACCGCUGCGCUGGAGGGCGACACUCCGGACCAAGUGGACGAGCUUGAGCCAGAAGACAUCAUGUUCCCGCCGUCAGUCAAGGAAGUGCUGCACCAAGCCAUCCACUCCAAGCUGAACCCGCUGAAGGUGUGCUCGCCCGCGAUCGUGUCCCAGUUCGCGCGGAUGUCGCAGCACUUCAACUUGAUGUACGUGUUCAGCAUCCUCGAAACAAACAAGCGACUACGCCGGGAGAUCCGCGCCGGCGACGACCUUGGCUACCAACUAGACGCCUACUUCCCCUUUGACCCCUACCAGCUCCCGCGCAGCCGACGCUGGGUGGAAAACGACUACGUCCACUGGCGCGGCAUCCCAGGUCUAGACGAAGACGACGACUCGGACAGCGAAGCGGACGACAACGAGUCGGACGAAGACCUCAGCGAUGGGACCGAAACGGAUGACGAAUUGUGA